GGAGGUCCAUAACACUUAACCUCUGACAUUACUUUUUCAAUUGAUUCUCUUUCUCUGAACGGGGCAAAAAAGGGAGAAUAAUACGCGAUUCGAAAAAAGCGACAGUUUACAUAAGAUCAAUAUGGCUGAGCAGAACGAGCAGCAGCAGCAGAAAGGUUUCUUUGGAACGGCGGCGAGUGGAUUGGGAAACACGCUCGGCGCCGCAACCAACACCGUCGGAAAAGGCGUCCAAGGCAUAACCGAUACAACGGGGAACGUAGUAUCAGCCGGUGGUAAAGGGUUGGGAGAUGCGGUGACGGGCGUUACGUCUGGGGUUGGGGAGACGACAAAAGCGGCAGGGAAAUUUGUUGGGGAUACGACGCAAGCCGGGGGAAAGAGUGUUCAGGGGGAGAAGAAAUGAUUUAAGAAGGAUUGGAGAGAUGAAUAAGGUGGGGGAAUCUUGCCUUGAAUAUUAAAUUCAGAAAGAAAAAAAAUCAGUGGACCUAAGCAUCUACAUAUCAAGGCAAAAGAAGCAUGCUUCUUCAGUCAGCAACAGAAAAUUCGAAGCACAAUCCUGUGUAAGGAUGACAUGACAAGCGAUUCCACAGCUCAAAGGCGAAACAGAUGGGCUCAAGUACCACACAAAGUAACCAAACACAACCAGUAUCGCAUGCAUGUAUACCCUGAUCGCCUUUAUCACCCCUUCC